CUUUGCGUAUUUGCAAGUUCCAUAAUAACAGUAUUUAUAGCGAUAUGGUAUUUGUUCCUUCACUACUCGUUUGGUGAGUUUGAAAUGAAAAGGACCAUCAGUUUGGAAAAAGUAAAUGGUGCAGGAAUAGUGUCUAAUGCAAGAGACGGUCAAUUUAUACGGAACUCUACUGACAGCACUCUCGUACUCCUGCCGCCGAAACGAAAAAUCAAGAGUAAAUUCACAGAUAUUUUCGAACACUACAGCAUAAGCAUUAAGCCGAAACUGUAUAGAAGCAACUCCCUAUCCGAUCUCACGCCUGACAAAAGUGAUCUUACUUUAAACUUCAUAAGACACACAAGUAAAAUUUUAUUGGAUAGAAAUCCCGUAGAUAUAUUUCAUGGUGCUAUAGAACACGACAGGUGCAAGACUCACUGCGCCAACGACCACGGCGACAGUGCAUUGAUGUCUUGGAACAUUAAGACUAAAAGACCCUUUAGAAGACUAAUGCACGCGACUCCGCCAUACGAACUUAAAACGAACAUGGCGUCCCAGAAUUUAACAUCGAAAUUGCCAACGGAAUAUGGUGAACGUCGUAGAGAAAGAGACAGUGAUGUUAUAGACGCCAAUGUUACUUCCAGCACUGACUAUUCAAGUGUCAGUGCAGAUCAGGAUGCUGCUCCUAGUGGUCAAAAAGGAGCGGCUUUCCCGUUUAAGCCUACACCUAGCGGCAAUCUUAAAGUUCAAUCAAAUCAGGUGGUAUUUCAGUCUUCUACGGUUGGUGUUCUGUUGGCAGACCCGAGUCAAGCAAAAGUUAAAGUCAAAUUUGAAGGAAACGGAACUAACGAUCUUGAAGGACUCAAUUUAAACCACGAUGUAACUCAAUUUGGAUGCAAUCAAAAUUCCUGUCCAGUGAACGGUGAAAGGUCAGAGAGAUCUCAAAUGAAAUCAGCUGCCGUAAGAGAAGACAAGGGGAAAACACUUAGUAGCCUUGGAUAUGCUCUCGGAGAGCCCAUUGACUGGUUGCGGGUACAAUUGCCAAAGAAACAGGAUUUGUUUCAAGAAUUCUAUCGAAGAAUACGUAAUUACAUAAACACAGACACAAUAGUGCACAUCGGUGGCGAAGAGUUCCAUUGUCAUCGUGUAGUUUUACAGAUUUAUUCCACCUUUUUCGAUAACAUGAAUCAUCACAGGGAAAUUGAACUGCCUAGCAACAGCGUAAGUCCUGAAGCUUUUCAUGCAAUCUAUGAAUGGAUGAUAUUUAGUGGUGCGGACAGUAACAAAAUCUUGAAAAGAGAUAAUGUUUUGGAUUUGUUUUGUGCUGCACAAUUUCUUUGUAUAAAAGAUUUAGAAGACCAGUGUUGGUCGUUUAUAGUCAACGAGAACAUGUUUACUGAAGAUUCAGCUUUUGCAUUGUUUCGCCAAGCACGGUUAAAGGGGAUGACUCCAGUAAUGGAGUUAAUGGUUCCUCGAGUGAUGAGAUUCUUUCUCCCGUUGGUGGCAUCAAAGGACUUCCUAGAACUAGAAGCAGAGGAAGUGACUAUUUUUCUUAAGUCCAACUAUAUUUGCGUGACAAGUGAGAUAGAAGUAUUGAUGGCGGGAGUGCGGUGGCUCUAUGAAAACUGGCCAGCUCGAAAGUCUCUUGCAGUGGAAAUCAUGCGGUGCGUGCGAUUCGGUCUUAUCUCGCCGUGGCAGUUGGUAGACAUCAAGAGGAACCCAGACAAUGCUGAAAUACUCGAGAUUGUCAACGAGCCCGAAAUUCAGCAGUUGGUGGACGAUGGAUUAGCAUAUGUAAUAAUUAAAUACUGGUAUGGGAACAACUCUAAGAACUAUUACCACUGGAUCGACGUCCUGGGUUUAAUAGAACCUGCGGAGAGAAACUGGAUCGGCGAAGAGAAGAAUCACGUGACGUACAAAGAAUUCCUCAAAUACCUGGAGCAGUUUAUGGUGCCAAAAGACCAGAUGUUUCAGCAGAUGAUGAUGAUGCAAGCACAUCGGAGAAACGAUGAUGUACCUAGUACUAAUUUUGAGGAACAAAGUAUUGCCAUCAAAGACGAAAACGGUUGCGACUGCGACGAGACAAAAGGUAAAGGAGGUGCAAAACCAACCAGUAAAAACGUACAAAAUGUUAAUAAAUCUGUCAAACCAGACGAAUUUAAGGGCGGCUUGCGCAAUCUGGAUCUGCAAGACAGACGGCUCCCGAAGCUUGACAUUCCUCUUCCCAACACUCUGAAAGGACUAGCCGGACCAGAUAAACCUAAUUUCCCUGCAUCAUUUCCCAUUAUGAGCGAGUUUUUCGAGAGCAGCAGACAGGUAAAAGAAAAUGUACAAUUUAAUUCGCCUCCGCCGAGCCGAAAUCCUCCUGACGUAGCAGUAGAGCAACGGCGGCUUGACGACAUCAAGCAUAAAGACAGUUUAGAACAGGAACAGAACAGGAUACAAUUAGAAAACGCCAAGCACAAGUUACACAACUUACAACAAAUUCGUCACCAACAAAUACAUCAAAUACAAAUGUGUACUGUAGAGACUGACAGGCAGCUUAGCCCAGGGGGUACUGGCGGCAUACGAACAGCUCAAACACAUGAUCCGCCGGAAAAAGACUCCAGUGAAGACAUGAUAACCACUAACAGCGAAGAAGAAAGCUGUACCGCCGAAGACAGCGCAUACACAAAUUAUCAGAGGAAACCUGGUGAUAGACACAGCGUGGCAGCUUCAUACUUAGCUGCUGCUACUGCAGCCCUGUCAGGACCCAGAAGAACCAGCGUUUACCGGGAAGAUACAGUGGUGCCAAGAUGUACGAUCCCGUCUCGUAUUACAGACCCAAUGUCCCGGCAUGUGGUUCAACAACAUACACUUAAUAGUCCACAGAUAUCAUUAUUCAACCAAUCGAAGGAAUCAUUGGCCAGAAUUAACAUGAAUAAACUAUCAACAUCGAUCCUCGGCCCGUCUAAUAAGAACUACAUCACCGAAGGAUCGCUGUUCAACUGGGAUAGGGAAACAGUACUGGUGUUUGGUGGUAUCGACCCUCAUACUACUUAUGGCAUUGGAAAGAAUACUGGAAAGGAUAUUUACAGGUUUGAUCCGGUAUUGAAUGUGUGGGAGUAUGUGGGAGAUUUACCAGAACCUAGACACCACCAUUCAGUUGCUUUUCUACGCGGAAGGGUUUACCUAGUCGGUGGUGCAGACCCCCGAGAGGAUGACAUUCGAGGCAAGUCGGUAGUGGUAUCUACUGUGUGGAGUUACGAACCAGUUACCAAGUCCUGGUUCAGCGAAAAUGGACUCGCUGUGCCGAGGAAGAAUUUUGGCCUUGUUGUACAUCGUAUGGCUUUAUAUGCCAUUGGGGGACAGGAUAAGAAAGGAAGAGUUCUUCGCUCAGUAGAGAAAUUCGACCCCAAGUCGGGGUCAUGGCAGGAGGUCCGUUCCAUGAGCGUGCCGCGUAUGGCACUGGCGGCUGUUAAGUACCGAGACUACAUCUGGGUGGCAGGAGGGAUGACUGGCGAGAAGAAACGACCCGUUUGCAAGAUUGUUGAAUGCUACAACUCGAAGACGAAUGAGUGGACUGAAAUUCACAGCCUCCGUUUCCCAAGAUGCUUUUCAUCGCUUUUUGUAAUGAACGACAAACUGUUCAUCAUUGGCGGUGCUGGAAAAAUCUCUGAAAAGGAUAAAACAGCAAGCAGCGUGGGCGCGAUAGACGUGUGGGACUGGAAGGACCGAGAUUGGAAGCUGGAGACAGAAAUGUCGAUUCCUCGGCAUGGACACGCGCUUGCUUAUCUCGGCACACAGCUAAUUAUUAUCGGAGGUGUAACGACAAUCUACAUGCGAGCCCUAAGUAACGUGGAAUCAUUUUGCUGUGAGAGAGGAGCUUGGAUCAGAGGAGUGACUCCCCUCCCAUCACCCCUCUCAGGACAUGGGUCGGUCACUUUACCACCCGCAAGCCUCAUGUAAUAUUUACAAUUUUUUAUACUAUUUAAAGUAAACUUGAAACACUAAAAAAAAAAUUUGUAAAAACAAUGUAAAAAUUGUCUAAUGAAAAACUUUGUAU